ACAGAGCGAGGGAUGGAAACAAAGAUCUCAGAUUGGACCAAACGCUCCCAGGGGGAACUUCUCACUAGGCUGCGUAUGGAGCUAAAGAACACAAAAUACUGACUCUGGAUUAAAUGUGGAUUAAAACUUAAGCAGGAAAAGAUGGAGCAGUAUCCGGAAUGAAGAAUUUAACAAGGAGUUCAGACAGCGAAGCUCAGGUCAUCAGUAUGGAUACCUUAAGAAACCAGAAAAAUCCAUGGGUGCUUUAUGAGACAGAGGUGCCACACAGCAGGUUUUGUGAUCCAGGCUGCGGAGUCAGUCCUGCAGAGAAACUGAGCCCCGAGCAGCUAAAGCUCCUGAGAGAUGCAUUCACCGUGACUCGGAGAGCUGGAGAGCAGCAGAUACAAGAAGACAGGCCGAGUGCAAGGAGAAGAAACAACAGAGGAAGAAAUGAGGAGCAAGGGAUGAAGUUUGAAGAGUUUCUUCAGGUUUUGAGGAGAGUGAUUGGUCCGGAUAUUGAGGACACAUGGGUUGAGAGGUUUUUCAACGAGGUAGAUAUCAGCUGUACGGGUCGGGUGAGAUGGCAGCAGCUGUGUUCGUACCUGCUUCUGGAGUACACUGAAAGAGAGCGCGCCUCCAUCCCCACAGCUGCUCUGCUGGACUCCCAGCCACAGAUCACACACUGCACUCACAACAAGCGGGAGCCAACUGUGCGUGUGGUUGCUGUUUCCCAUCCACCCCCACUCCGCUAUAUAAGUGUCAGCAAGGGAGGUCAGAUCACUGUCUGGAACAGCGGCCUACACAUCCUCAAAACUGUUGGACUUACUGGAGACCCAACGGAGGAAGUGGCCAACACGAGGAGGUUCAGAGGCUGGACCACUGAUGCGGUUUAUAUGGGCAAUGUCCAUAAGGUCGCCAUAGCAACUGACAGCAGGGACCUGCACUUUCUCGAUGUCUCAACAGCCAAUGUCUUUGAGGAUGUCCACCUGUUUGGGUUCCGAAGCGUCCCCACUGCUCUUUGUUACUGGCAUGAUGUCCAGUAUCCAGAGCGUCCCUCUCUGCUGCUCCUGGGGGAUGAGAAGGGAGGAGUCCACCUGAUGUGGUUCCUGAACCCCUCUAAAGGUCUUUUUAACAAUCCCUCCAAGAAACAGAACGGCCCACAUAGGAUCUUUUUUCCAGACCUAAGCGAACACAGCAAGAUGGUUUCCCACCGUUACAUCCCCAACAUCCACCAGGUACCAAUCAACAGGGUGAUGUUUGAGCCCAGCACCAGUGACAUCAUGACGUCCUCUGAAAGUGACACCAGCUCUGUGGUCUUUCUGAAUGUGACACUGAGGCGGGAGCCAUACGUGUGGAAAAUAAACCAGGGCGCCAAAUGCUUUGACUACAGUGCAUCUCUGCAGUUGAUGGUGACAGGAGGUUGUGGCCGAGCAGUCAGACUCUGGACUCGAUUCGUCACCACGCGUCCUGUAGCCACACUGCUGGGACACUGUGCCACCAUAUUGGAUGUGGCAAUCUACCCACCUGUCGGGCAAAUCUUCAGCUACUCCAGAGAUGCUGAGCUGAGGGUGUGGGACAUUUCUACGCAUCACUGUCUGAAAACACUCCGCCUGCAGUUCCCAUGCCUGCAGCCGGGUCGAAUCACAGAACAUGGCAACUUCCCCUUCCUGUUUCUAAGCCCUCCUCUUCCGGUAGAGACUCUGCCUCAUUUAGUCGUGGGAUGCAAAGAUUACCUGGCACGGCUGUAUCUGGCCGAAACGAGAAGAGGAAGAGGUGGAUGGCUGACAAGUGAACAGUGGGAAUAUGGACCAGAAAUUAGUGUGGCCCUCUCCUGUGCCCUGUACAACCCCACCCUGGGACAGGUGGUGACGGGACAUGCCGACUCGUCUGUGUCUCUUUGGGACAUAGAGACGGGUCGGAGGCAGCUUCAGAUCUUAAAUGCACAUGGUGAGGAUGAACUCCUCUGCAUGACACUAGACUCCACCCACAGAAGACUGAUCACCGGGGCUCGCAAUGGCACCAUUAAGGUAUGGAAUUUACUAAACGGCCUCAACCUGCACAAGUUGGAGCCCGUCUCCAACUCUGAAGUCACUAUGUUGACCUGUCUCCAUGACAACAAGCUGCUGGCUGUGGGAUGGAGCCAGCGGAUCGUUCAGUAUGACAUUGGUGCAGCAAAGGAUUUGUAUGUGAGAGCAGACAUGUCAUGGAAGUCCGGCGGUGUCCAUAAAUCGGAUAUACUGGCUGUGUGUCAGUGUCCGGCUCUGGGGGUUGUCGCCACAGCGAGCCAUGAUGGGGAGGUCGUCAUCUGGAGGCUGGAGACACAAGGGCCCCUGCUUCACUUACAGAGAGAGGGACAGGCAGGAGUGGUGCCCCCCGUGGACAGCCUCCUGUUCUUGCAGCAUCGAGCUGCGAACAGAAAGCUGAGGAACAGAGGCAUCCUGGUGUCGUCCCAGGCUGGCUGCCUCUGCUUCUGGAGUGUCACUGGAGAGACACACACUUAUGGUGAGUUUUAUGCUCCGGAGCAGCCAGGUGCACGUGUGCUGAGUCUGUGCUCAGAUCAGCCUGAAAACACCAUCCUGGUCUCUGGAGACACAACAGGCUGGCUUCAGAUCUGGGGUAUUUCUCACUAUGCACUGGAAGUCCAGCACGAGUCAGUUAAAGAACGGCCUACGCUGCUGCAGCGUUGGAAGGCACAUGAGAGAGGAGUAGUAAGUGUGGAAGUCCUGAAAGUGGCCGACCGACUGUUCGUCCUCACGGCCUCAGCUGACGGCUCUGCUGGACUGUGGACGAGAGACGGAGACCAGGUGGGAUCUUUUGGACAGGAGGUGAUGUGGAAUAUCUCUGAUGCAGCUGCGUACCAGAGGGAGAUGCAGAAUAACCUGAGGGAAGAUAUGGAAGAGGAGGGGAGGACUGAAAGUGAUGGGGUGGGAGCCAGCAAGGUCAAACCUCAACAAACUUCACAGGAAGAAGCUUCAUGCACCAGCCCAGCAGAGAACGACCAUGAGCAGCCUCAGCAACCCAUGUAUGUGUUUGGGGACUUUUGCCAGACAGUUGCUUCUUCUCAUAGGAGGGGACGCCUCUUUGAUGACACUGAUCACAGCAAUCACUGUUGAUCUGCUGAUAUCGCCUCAUUAGCUCCUGCAGGAGAUGCCUCCACUGUGGAUUUACCCAUAAUCCCCCAAGUGUGGUAUGGUACUGGCAAGAGGAAGCUCAGCUUACAACAUUUGGAGGGAACUGUGAGCCCUCCAUACCCGUCCAGCCAGAUAAAGAGAUGGAGGAAAUACAGACACAAAUUCUAGUUUUAUGUCUCUGUGCAGGCAACAGCCAACUGGCCAAAGGCAUUAUGUUUUCCGUCCAUUCGUCCUUCGCAUUUUUCUGAAAACAAUAACUCAAGAUCGCUUCAAUGGAAUUUCUUCAAUUUUUGUAAAAAACAUUCAGUUGGACUCAAGGAUGGACUGGUUAGAAUUUGUUCACAGUGACUUAACAAACCAUGUUUCAUGUCAUGUGAACACAACAUCUCAGUCACACCUUGAGGAAAAUUCUUCAAACACAUUAUAUUUCAUCUGUAAAAGGUCAAAGGUCACAGUGACCUUGUGUGAGUCUCACAAAAAUGCAUGUAAAAUUGAAGUUGCCUUUAAAUUGUAAAUCAAAUAUGUUGCAUGAAUAUUGUUCCUUCUGGACUUUUCUCUUUCAGGUAUAUGUUGCCCUGUUUUUUCUACAAUGCAUCAAAUGUAUAUUGAAAACCUUAGUUUUCUCUCGUCUUCAGUUACAUGAUCCUCUUGUAUUUGUGCAACAGAGGCUUCUCUUCCUGUAUGUUGCAGUUAUUUUAUCAGUAGUGAAUUUUCCGAAUAUUUGAGAUUUCUCAGACAGACAUCUGAGUCUAAAUUUAGCAUCGCACCUCUGCUGAACUGUACAUAUUUGUGACACAAGUCUCUGUGACCUAUUUUUGUUUGUUUUCUUUCCAUAUUUGAUUGCAAAAACCUUGCAUGCGCUCACCCGCUCGUCCUUAAAAACUGGGGUUAUUUUGAGCCUCUGGUCUGGAUGUUUAAGUGAGGCAGGAAGCGAGCACAGAGCCUGUCCUCGUGUUUGUGUCUGAAGGGAUAAAUACAGACACAGCCGGGACAAACAGGGUAAGUCAUCGACAUCGUCUGCACUUAGGUCCCCUCUGGCAUCUGUGAGAUAACACAGUGUUACUGAAUCCCAUCAAAUAAGUUUAAUAUCUGUCUGCUGAUGACUUUGAUUUGAAGUAAUAGUAACUGUCAAUCAAGGAAUUGAAUGUAUGUCUCCUUUUUUGUGCCAUGCAAUAAAAACUAAAUGAUAUACCCUUA